AUGGUGGACAAGGUGGCGAAUAAGCUCCAGACAUGGUCCGCCCCUAUGCUUACUCUUGGGAGACGGCUCACCCUUGUUAGAUCAACCCUCUCAGCUAUGCCGGUCUAUGCCAUGAUGUCUCUCGACCUUCCUAUGAAGACCAUUGCGGGUAUAGAGAAGAUCUGCCGUGUGUUCUUGUGGAAAGGCAGAAAAGACGUCCGUGGAGGACACUGCUUAGUGGCAUGGAAAGAUGUUUGCUCCCCUCACGAGAUCGGUGGUUUAGGCAUCCCCAAUCUGAAGCUGCUCAAUCUUGCGCUCAGAACGAGAUGGGGGUGGCUAUGUCGUGCGGACCCGAUGCGCCCAUGGGCAGAAUUCAACAUCCAAAUCUCGGAACAGGCCAGAGCACUUUGUGAGGCGGCGAGGGGGAACGGUGAAGCCCUACAUUUCUGGUAUGAUCAUUGGCUACCGGAAAAGCGUUCGCUUGCGUAUUUGGUGCCUACGCUGCUAUCGGAGAUCUCGGGUAGAGCAUCCAGGCUUUCUGUGGUCGAGGCUUUGCAUGCCAAUGGUUGGCUUCGGGCCAUCCACUCGGAGCUCUCCUUCCAGGCGCUUGUGGAUCUUCUGGUGGUUCAUGACCGCGUGGCUGAGGUUAUUCUUUCAGACUAUGAUGAUCGUUUCCGUUGGAAAUGGAGCGGCAAUGGGAUCUACACGGCCUCGUCUGCGUACGCGGCUUUCUUCCGGGGUCGUGUGCUUGCUGCGGGGGCUACUGAGGUCUGGUCCUCCAAGGCGCAAACUAAGUGCAAGACCUUCAUGUGGUUGGCUCUGAAAAAUAGAUUUUGGACGGCGGAUAGGCUUUCGAAGCGGGGUUUGCCCCACCCGGCACGCUGUCCUUUGUGUGAUCAAAGCGAUGAGACCAUUGAUCAUCUUCUUCUUGGUUGCGUCGUGGCUCGGGAAGUGUGGUCGACCUUGCUGCGGGGCUGGAAUAGGCUUUGCUGGCUCCCUACUCUGCAAGCCUCUCUUGCCGAAGGGUGGACGAGCCUUGUGGUGCAAGGCAAGAAAGAGAGGAGGAACCUCAACACUAGCAUUACUCUCAUCUGCUGGUGCCUCUGGAAGCACAGGAACUCGGUGGUGUUCGAUGCAGCGACUCCGAAUGCUAGAAAAAUACAACAAAUGAUCGAUAGUGAAGGAAGGGCAUGGUCGAGCGCGGGCAUUUUUCAUAGUGUAGAUUUUUCGCUUUCUUGUCUAGUGGAUUUCUUAUGGAAUGUAAUAGAGUAG